AUGUUUGCUUGCAGUCUGUGGGAAAAAGACACGGCAGGACAUAUGGAUGAUUGUAAUGUAGCGGCUGCAGCUCUAGGUAAAAGGGAAUAUACUGCCGUUAAUGACAAAAUCACCAUAACUCCUGCAAAUAUAGCACUGUCCUACCCAGCAGAUUCUGAAAACGACGGGUUGAGAAAGCGUCGCAAUGUCAUCGAGAACAGCAAAAAGAUUACUUUAAUCGAUCGUCUGUAUCUAGAUCUCUUUCAACAGGACAAAUUCAUUCCCAACGGAGUAGAUAUUCGUUUGAGAUUUAACCGAACGAAAUCUGAUUUUCACAUGAUGACUUAUGCAGGGAGUUCAGGAAAAAUAAAACUUCUGAACGUGUUACUGUGGGUCAGAAAAGUCAGACCAACUGCAGCCGUGUUAAAUACUGUCAACGAGAGGUUGAACGUAGAAACGGCCAAGUAUCCCCUAAGACGGGUAGACGUUAAAACGUUCACCAUUCCUACAGGAACCCAAUCCAAAAUCAGCGAUCAUCUGUUUCAAGGGCAAAUGCCAAAACGAAUCGUUUUGGGUCUGGUAGCUAAUGACGCUUUCAAUGGCACAUCCAACAAAAACCCGUUCAAUUUCAAAAACGCCAAAGUCAAAAGAUUAGAUGUCACCAUCAACGGAGAAACCAUCAGUACCCGACCCUAUGAGCCGGAUUUCGCUAACGACUUGUAUCUCAGAUCCUACUUGAGUCUGUAUCAAGGACUGGGAAAAUUCGGUGCCGAUUGGGCCCCAGGAAUUACUUUCGACGAGUAUAAAGACGGCUACACCUUGUGGUGUAUAGAUUUCACCAAAGAUCAGGAGGCACAGCUAGACAAGUUUCAUCUGAUUGAAACAGGAAAUUUGAGAAUCGAAAUUCAAUUUGCAGAAAACACGGCAGAAACUCUGAAUUGUUUAGUCUACGCUGAAUUUGAUAACGUGCUAGAAAUCAACAAACAAAGAGAAGUCAGCACUGACUUUUAA